ACUCUCGGCUGCAGCGGCCGCGGGGACUGCCUCAACGGCACCUGCCUGUGCGAGAUCCGCUACGCCGGCGACCAGUGCGCCGCGCCCAACUUCUCGUACCACGCCUGCAUCGGCGGUAUUUUCCUGGUGGUGGCGUUCAUCUGCGCAGUCCAGCUGACAAUUUGCGUGGUCGCCGAAUACCGGCGACUGAAGGCGCCCACGUUCCUGCGAGCGUGCAAGGUCACCACGCAGAAGAUGCUGUACUUCGUCGCGUUCCUGGCCUCGCUCAUCCGAGGGGCUUACUUCGUGUCCCCGUCGGCGUUCCAGGAGGGAUGGGCGACGAGCCUGCUCUCGGCGUACUACCCGCUGCUAAUGUCCGGCUCCUCGCUCAUCGUGUGCUUCUGGGCAGAGGUGUUCCACCUCCGAGACAUUCGCUGGGAGCGGCCGCGGUUCAUCUCGAAGACGUUCCUCGCGUUCGUCACCUUCAACGUGAUCAGCUACUCGCUGCUGGCCGCUGAGGUGCUGACCACCAACUUCGCCGACACCUCUGCUGAGAAGAAGAGCUUCUACCAGCACGUGUUCAACGGUUUCUACGCGGUGCUGCUCUUCGUGGUGGUCAUCUUCUUCCUCAUCUACGGUGUCGAGGUCUACUUCAAGCUCCGCGGCGAGUUCCUGAAGGAAACUAAAGUGUGCACGGUGAUAUCCCCGCGGCCCGGGCCCUCCACCGCGGACGAGGGCGACGACGCUAGGGACACGCUCGUCACCAAGCAGGGCGUGCAAACUGACCUGGCCGACAACAAUGGCUCCGUGGACCCGCGCUCGGUGAACCAGUCGCAGCUGCACCAGUCGCGGCUGGGGCUGCUCAGCCAGGCGCUGAUGCUCAUCCUCAUCGCCGGCUUCCUCGCCUCCGAGACGCUCGGCGAGUUCUGGAAGACCAAUAUAUACAACGGCUCGGUGGACCCGCGCUCGGUGAACCAGUCGCAGCUGCACCAGUCGCGGCUGGGGCUGCUCAGCCAGGCGCUGAUGCUCAUCCUCAUCGCCGGCUUCCUCGCCUCCGAGACGCUCGGCGAGUUCUGGAAGACCAAGAAAUUUUCGAAUGGAGACGGCGUCUCCGUAAAGCUGAUGAUGAUGAUGAGUAUAUACAACGGCUCGGUGGACCCGCGCUCGGUGAACCAGUCGCAGCUGCACCAGUCGCGGCUGGGGCUGCUCAGCCAGGCGCUGAUGCUCAUCCUCAUCGCCGGCUUCCUCGCCUCCGAGACGCUCGGCGAGUUCUGGAAGACCAAUAUAUACAACGGCUCGGUGGGCCCGCGCUCCGUGAACCAGUCGCAGCUGCACCAGUCGCGGCUGGGGCUGCUCAGCCAGGCGCUGAUGCUCAUCCUCAUCGCCGGCUUCCUCGCCUCCGAGACGCUCGGCGAGUUCUGGAAGACCAAAGUACCAGUGGUCUCCCGCAACUGGCACGACGUGGUGUUCCGCCUGGCGGAGAUCGGCGUCGCGCUAUGGUUCCCGUGCGUGCUGUGGAACUCCAUGGCGCCCGAGCGACUGUGGCUGCUCAACCCGCGCCGGCUGCUGUCCAAGCAGCUGGACGAUGCGACCCUCAAUGUGGAGACCGACUCACUAGUGGGCAGCGUGGGCUCAGCCCGCGACUGUUGGAUCUGCUACGACAGCGGGCGCGACGAGCCGCUCAUCCGGCCCUGCCGCUGCACCGGAGACGUGUCCGCGGUGCACCACGAGUGCCUGCGCCGCUGGCUGGUCGAGAGUGCAUCGACACCUGACGGCCUGAAAUGCAAAGUUUGCAACACGCCCUACAUCGUGCAGGAAACAAACAGGGUGGAGUGGGACCGCGGCUUCACGUGCGCGCACUGGCUGCGCACAGCACUGGCCGUCGCUUGCAUGUGCGGCGCGGGCGCGGCGGCCUGGCUCGUGGCGCAGCUGUGCGCCUCGCCAGUACCUCGCGUACUUGGUGCCGGCGCCGCGCUGUUGGUGUGCUACGUCGCCCACUGUUGCUGCUACGCCGCCGUCAGGUCAGUGACCGCUCAUAGCUUCACGUGCGCGCACUGGCUGCGCACAGCACUGGCCGUCGCUUGCAUGUGCGGCGCGGGCGCGGCGGCCUGGCUCGUGGUGCAGCUGUGUGCCUCGCCGGUACCUCGCGUACUUGGUGCCGGCGCUGCGCUGUUGGUGUGCUACGUCGCCGUAAGAUUCCUUGGCAUGAACACCGUAUCAGCCUACCAGCGGGCUAAGGUGUCCUCCUUGCGGAUCCUCACCGAGCCCUCCUCAGAACAUUCACUGGCCACCAUCAGCCAGUCGGUCACCGUCGACAUCGCCUCCAAGGCCGCCUUGCCACAGACCCUGAAGACGGACGAGAAAUAAACGAUACGCCGCUAUCGUUGGACCAGAUAACGUUACAGCGUGCGCGAAUAACGUUGCCGCGAGUGAAAACGUAUGCAGAAUAACGAUAUUCGAAAUAACGUUUGUGAAAUGUGACGCGAGAAUGCCGUUAGUGAUUUCGAUAUCGGUUAAUACGGUGAUUCAAAAGCGUUUCGAGGCCAAAUUAAUUUUUCGUGAAAGCGAUAACGGAUAACGGUUCCAAAUACCGUUAUUAAGUGUGCGUGUUGAUGCCAAAAACUUUGAACUGAAGCACGUGCGUGAAAAAGACAGAUAUUUCGUAGUUACCUUAGAGUGUACAAUCGUGGCCAAACAGAAGAAAAGACAACAAAUAACGGUUAUAUACCGGUAUGCUAUUAUUAUGUGAUACGAGAGAAGCAAUGAUACGUUGUGAAAUAAAAAACGAUACGAAAGCUAUAUUUUCGUUAAAACCGUCGCAGGCAACUACAGUGAAAAUGUUGGAUUUACAAAAACUGUUGUGAUGGACAUACGUAAUUUAAAUAUGUACUUUAUUUAUGAUGUUCUGAUACUGCUAUUACAAAAAUAUACAGUAUGUUAACUAACGAAAGAGGUUCCUAUAAAUCUUAACAUAAUUUUAUUCAUUUCACCCUUUUUAAAACCAAAAUAGUGGCUCGAAAUAGCUAUUUUACAACUAUAAGCGAAAGUAAGCUUACACAGGGUGUUGUAUUUUACGUAAGUUUUUUUGUGGUAUUUUAAAAUUUAAACAUUUUUGUUUAUUUAAUUUUUUGAUAUUCUUUGGAUCAUCUAGCUAGUUCUGCGUAUUAAAAACAAUGUCUUUCGUUAGUUAACAUAUUGUAUGAUAUAAAAUACUGGUUACGCGGUAAUCCCUUUCAAGCUACAAAAGUUUAGCAAACAUAUCAUAAAACGCCAAAGAAGUAAAUUUAGUUUAAAAAUUACAAAAAACCAUACGAAUUUAACACCAUACACACUAAAUUAAAACAUCAUACUGUCACACAUUUUCUUUUCUUUAACUUUUCAAUGAUUUUUCGAUUUUUUAAUUGACAGCGAUUAACGUGUGACCAGUUUCUCAUGAAAUAUUGUCGCAUUUGAAAAAACAACUGUUUGUCAUAUGUAUGCCUCUCCUUCGCACUUAUUUCGUAAUUAGUGCGAGUAAGUGAGCAGCAAAGUCGAUUGUCAGUUUCAGUUUAUUACAGCUUGGAGACUUACUUUUGAUGCAAUAGAAUUCUAAUUCGCAUACGUUACUACACAAAUGGUGUAUGAGUUUCAUAAACUAUGUUUUCAGAUCUGUAUUCGAAUUUCAAUUCUAAUGCUUAUAAAAUACUUGUUUUGAUUUUAAAAAUAACGAAAUAACGUUAAUGCGUUAUUGUCUGGACUACGAAGUGUUACUAUUGAGUAUUCGUUUUUUGUCAGUACAAAUGCCGUGAUAUAAACUGAUAGUGUGAUGUGUGUAUGGUAAAUUACGAUGAUAAUAAUUAUUAUAACGUAAUUAUUAAAUAUUUUGUUAUUAUA